GGUCCGAGCGCGCACUGCUGUCAGUCCUGUGCGCUGCGCUCGCGCUGUCACCGUAAAGCUUUGAUCGAUGCCGUGACUUCACAUCGCCGCGUUUCACUUUAUAGUCAUAACGGACUUUAUAGUGUGUACAGUAGUUUGAUCCACCUUCUUUUUAAUCCUAAAGCACGUUUGUGAUCAUUUUUCAUUAACAAAAAAAAAAAGUUAACUCUGAGAUCAUGGCCACUUCGGUUCCUUUGCUUCCAUCAGCGCCGCUUGCGCAUCACGCGCCACCUCCGAUUUCUAUCUCUGCUUCGGCUGGUGGCGGCUCCUCGAGCCCGGCGAGUCUGUCUCCGUCUCCUUCAUCUCUUGCGCCAUCGGCAGCUUCGAGUCUGUUCCGCUCGGACCUGCUGCCUUCUGCGAGUCCGGCUCUCCCGGUUGGCAGCGCGCCGCACAAGCCCGCGUAUGCCACACCGUCUCCGGUGGAGAGCACACCGCGCAACAACGAGUGUCGCCUGGUGGAGGUGCGCGGCGCGCGGCUCGCAUCGUUCACCGUGGACGGUCGAGAGCUCAUCUGCCUCCCGCAGGCGUUUGACCUCUUUCUAAAGCAUCUGGUCGGUGGUUUGCACACCGUGUACACCAAACUCAAGCGGCUGGAGAUCACCCCGGUGGUGUGCAACGUGGAGCAGGUGCGCGUGUUGCGCGGGCUCGGCGCCAUCCAGCCCGGUGUGAACCGCUGCAAGCUCAUCUCGCGCAGAGACUUCGAGGUGCUCUACAACGACUGCACCAACGCCGGCUCCAGACCUGGCCGACCUCCGAAAAGGACCCAGAGUGUGACGUCCCCCGAGAGUCCACACAUCCUGCCCCACUCCGUCUCUGGACUCAUGUCCUCAGGAAUCAUGUCUCACACAGGUCUGACAGCUGCUACUUUGGCUGAGGCCAUGAAGAAGAAGAUUAAACUGGAGGUUCUGAACAGUUACCACGCUAACAACCAUGGCGCGGACCAUGAGAACGGAGACAUCAACACAGGCAUGGGUUUGGAGCUGCCGUUCAUGAUGAUGUCGCACCCUCUGAUUCCUGUAAGCCUGCCCCCUGCCUCGGUCACCAUGGCAAUGAAUCAGAUGAACCACCUGAGCACCAUCGCCAGCAUGGCUGCCACCGUUCAGGCGCAGAACGACUCGAGCCGAGUGGCCACCUCCGUCAUUAAGGAGCGUGUGCGAGACAGUCCAUCCCCAUCUCCCUCUCUGGAGGACGGCCGCAGGUCAGGGAGUCACGUAUCCUCCAGGCAGAGCAGCAGCGUGUCCAGUUCUCCUGCUCACACCGAGAGCUCGUCUGAUCGGCCGCGUACGUCUGUACACACUCUUCAAACAGCACUGCAGUCUUCCUCACUCCAAACUUUUCUAGCCAAGACUGUGCAUCAGAAUGGUCUUUCCUUGGGUCACGCUCUGUUAGGCCUGUCUCCCAACGCACCCCCAGGACCAAAAGAGGGGGAUCUGGCAACCCAGGAUGCUGGCCAUGACUCUAGGAGGACACAUGCAGAAAAGGAAGAGAGCGUACUGUGUACACCCACAUCUCGAGAGACCUACGAGCGGGUUUCUCACACCAUCCCCACGCUUCCUCCAGGUUUCCCCGCACCGCUGCUCUUCCCAGAGGGCCUGUCUUCCAUAGAAACUCUCCUCACUAACAUCCAGGGUCUGCUGAAGGUGGCUAUAGAUAACGCCCGGGCGCAGGAGAAGCAGGUGCAGUUGGAGAAGACGGAGCUGAAGAUGGAGCUGUAUCGGGAGAGGGAACUCCGUGAAACUUUGGAGAGACAGCUCUGCGUGGAGCAGAAAAACCGAGCCCUGAUCCAGAAGCGACUGAAGAAAGAGAAGAAAACAAAGCGGAAGCUCCAGGAAGCUCUGGAGUACGAGUCUAAGCGACGUGACCAAGCCGAGCAGACUCUGCAGCAGACAACGGCCAAUGAACUCGCUCACACUCCAAACGAGCCUCCUGCUCCAGAAAUGGAGAGCGACCUGAGCAGGGACAGAACAGACGCAGACAGGACGAUACCAGAUGGACGGCUCUUUCUCAAGACUGCGGUCAUGUUCUGAAGAAAUGGAGCGAGAGAACAUGUAAAUCAGUGCAGAGACGGAGGAAGCAGAAGUGCGAAUAAUCACAAAAAAUCGAUUGUAUCGGAGGACUAGAGACAUUUCAAGGACCCCAAAGGGUCAGUGUCUACAAAUUACUUGCGAAGAGACUGUCACACGUAUUGGAAAUCAAUGCUUUCAUUGUGCCUCUCAGUGAAGUCGAGGCACCUUUUUCUUAUCACAGAAGCUAAAAACACACCAUGUGGACCUUCACAACAUUUUUUUCUAGGAUAUUUAAACCACUCACACUUUACAGACCAUGGAAAGAAAAAAAAAACGAUUUCAGAGCUUCUCUUUUAUAGUCCUGCCAUGUUUAACUAUCUAUAAAGCACUAUUUCCAUCGGGGGUUUGGGAUGGGGGAGAGGGAAGAGUCUGAUGUUUUGAAUUUAUUCAUCGUUUAUUGAAUAUCUACAUGACAUUUAAUGUGUUUUCGUGUAGCUGUCUUGUUAGCCCCAAAAGAUUGUCUAUGUUUUUUUUUCCCUGUCAUUAUUAUAUGUUUGAUGAUUAUAUCAAAUAGCAGGUAUUCUCAAACGAAAAAAAAAAAAAUCAUUGAACGUGUACAUAAAAGUGUAGAGAUAAUAUUGUGCAUUGUAUGUCGUAGCGCUGUUAGGAACUCAAUACAAACCUCUUUAAUGAAA